AAAAGAAUUCCUUUGGAACUGCUGGUGUGAGAGACUCUCACCACAGCACACUGGCCAGAGAAAUCCUGCUGGCCAUGGUGGAGCGGCUUUGGCCGCUUUUGUUGUGCCUGGCGAGCGCCAGAUAUGACAAGCCACCAUGCCUGGAGGGAGAGACCUUAGCUAGCCUCAGCGGCCGCUCUCUUUGCGUAACGGAUUGUGGUCCAGAGGUGGCUCAUGAGGCUUGUCCAUAUGAGAGGCCGCAGGGAACCUUUGCCAAGCCCAAAUGCCUCUUGGUGCCGGCGCCCACGGGCGAUCCCACUCAUCCGGACAUGCGGAAGCAAUUCUGUGCCUUGGAAUGUCGAAGCGAUAGCUACUGCCCCAAGGGUGCCAAGUGCACCUUGAUCGACGCCCUGAACGAGCGUGACCCUUGGGGAGAGGUAAAUCCAGUGGCGCGGAAUUAUCCCCACCUCAUCUCAGACGAUGAACUUCGGGGAGUGUGCACUUUUCGCACGAAGACGGGCAAGGGCGUGAAAGCUGCAGCGACGCUGGAGUUGAAAUUCUCCAAGACGGCCGAUGGAUUCACGCUUGGCACGGUCACCCUGGAGAUCCUACGCGAACGCGGCAUCAAGCCGCCACCGGACUGGCGCCACAGUGACCUGUGAAAAAAUAGGCAUUUGACCGACUGAACUGCCUGGGAUCGGCUGGCAAGAUGAAUGGAGUAUGAUGUACACUCCCUGAAAUCAUGCAAAUCUACGGAUCCACAUACCGAACCAGGUCGGUACGGUGAGCAGGGAGAUUAUGUAUGUAGGCGCCAGGAAGGUCCAAUUACCUUCUGAGGUACGGUGGCAGUGGAUCCAUAGGGCAAGUGAAGG